UUACGGAGUGCCAGAGGGGCGGGAUGAAUGAGCCGCUGGUUGAUGCUGAAGGGUAUCCACAUGCAGAUGUUGAUGUGUACCAAGUCCAUGCAGCCAGGGAUAAGAUCAUCUGUUUGCAGAACGAUCACAAGGUCCUAAUGCUGCAAGUGGAAAAAGCUCUCCACCAGCUGCAUGCUCGAGAGAAGGAGAAGCAGGCAAAGUAUGAGCCAGAAGCUCAGACCGAGGCAAUGAAUCAGAAUCAGAGUCUGCCGCAGCCCUUCGCAGGAGUGAAUGCUGUUACCCCAGGUUCUCCCGCCAGCAUCUCGGGAUUACAGGUUGAUGAUGAGAUCAUUGAGUUUGGCUCUGUCGACACACACAACUUCCAGACACUGCAGAAUAUUGCCACCGUGGUGCAGCACAGUGAAAGGAAACCACUGAGUGUGACUGUGAUCCGUGGCGGCAAGAAAUUACACCUCGGGCUCACACCAAAGCACUGGGCUGGGAAAGGACUGCUGGGAUGCAAUAUUCUUCCCUUGCAAAGAUAACUGGCUU